GUCCUCCUGUCUCUCCACCUCGUGUACUUCCACAGUCAGAGCAGCGGCGUGGCGACGGAGGCUCUCAUCGAAGAGGGCACACAAACUGUACGAAAUAACUGAACUGCUGCCAAAAUGCUCGUCUUAUUUGAGACCGCUGCUGGCUACGCAAUAUUCAAAGUCCUCGAUGAGUCCAAACUGCAGCAGGUGGACAGUCUGUAUAAGGAGUUUGAAACUCCCGAAAAAGCCAACAAAAUAGUGAAGCUGAAACACUUUGAGAAGUUCCAGGACACGACAGAGGCCUUAGCAGCUGCCACCGCGCUCGUUGAGGGAAAAAUCGGCAAGAGUUUGAAGAAAGUCCUGAAGAAAGUUGUUGCCAAAGAAGCUCAUGAGCAGCUCGCCAUCAGUGAUGCAAAGCUGGGUGGAGUUAUCAAAGACAAGCUGGAUGUGAGCUGCGUCCACAGUCCUGCUGUAGCUGAGCUGAUGAGGUGCAUCAGGAGUCAGAUGGAGAGCCUCAUCACCGGACUUCCUCCCAAAGAGAUCAGCGCCAUGUCUCUGGGGUUGGCUCACAGUUUGUCCCGCUACAAGCUGAAGUUCAGUCCAGACAAAGUGGACACCAUGAUUGUGCAGGCAAUUUCUCUUCUGGACGACUUGGACAAGGAGCUGAACAACUACAUCAUGCGCUGCAGAGAGUGGUACGGCUGGCACUUCCCCGAGCUGGGCAAAGUCAUCACAGACAACCUGGCCUACUGCAAAUCCGUCCGCAAAAUUGGUGAUCGGACAAACGUGGCCGGCUCCGAUCUGUCAGACAUCCUCCCCGAGGAAAUCGAGGCCGAGGUCAAACUGGCUGCAGAGAUCUCCAUGGGAACCGAAGUAUCAGAGCAGGACAUUGGAAACAUCAGACACCUCUGUGAUCAGGUGAUAGAGAUCACAGAUUACCGCACUCAGCUCUACGACUACCUGAAGAACCGGAUGAUGGCCAUCGCCCCCAACCUGACGGUCAUGGUGGGCGAGCUGGUCGGUGCUCGACUCAUCUCUCACGCCGGUUCCCUUCUAAACCUGGCCAAACACCCAGCCUCCACGGUGCAGAUCCUGGGAGCAGAGAAGGCUCUGUUUAGAGCGCUGAAGACCCGCAAAGACACGCCCAAGUACGGCCUGAUCUACCACGCCUCUCUAGUGGGCCAGACCACGGCCAAGAACAAGGGCAAGAUCUCCAGAAUGCUGGCAGCUAAAGCGGCCCUGGCUAUUCGUUACGACGCUCUCGGAGAGGACACAAACGCAGAAAUGGGAGCAGAGAACCGGGCGAAGCUGGAGGCCAGACUGAGGCAGCUGGAGGAGAAGGGAAUCCGAAGAAUCAGUGGAACGGGUAAAGCGAUGGCAAAGGCGGACAAAUACCAACACAAAAGUGAGGUGAGAAUCUACGAUCCAUCCGGCGACUCGACCAUCCCCUCCACCUCAAAGAAGAGGAAGUUUGAGGAGGUAGAGGAGGAUGAAGCUGCAGAUGAGGCUGCGACGCCAGCGGUCAAAUCCAAAAAACCGAAAAAGGAGCCGAAAGCAGAAGAAGAAGAAGAAGCAGUAACGCCAGAAGCAGAGGAGACUCCCAAGAAAAAGAAGAAGAAGAAGAAGGACAAAGCAGAGGCAGAAGCAGAGGAGCCCAAGGAAGAGGAGGAGGAAGUAGCAGCAGCAGUCGAGACAACAGAGAAGAAGAAAAAGAAGAAGAAAAAGAAGGUCAAGGAGGAAGAAGAAGAUGAGUGAAAAGAUGAAAGAGUGUACAUAUAAAUAUAUAUUAUUGUUUUCAUUUUCUGAUAAUUUUGUGUUCUUGAUGCCCGUUUCUGGACGUCUGAAAAGCAGCUCACGUUAAAAAGAAAACAAACAUUUCAGGUUUCAUUUCAGAACUGAGGAGGUUUCUCCACUCUUAAGAUUUUUUAUGUUUGUAGUUUAACAGUUUUUAUGUUGGUUUUAUUUGUGAAAAUGCUUGUAAAAGAUUCCCGCACAGAACAUCGAGCUGUUAAACAGAAUGUCCGUUUCUCUUUUGAUAAACCUUUUUAUCGGCGAAGACUGAACAUCUGAACUGAUGAAAUAAACCAUUUUCGCUGAA